AUGGCACAAUCACAAGUAGGUAAAGGAUCACCAUCCAACGCCACUUUCAGAGAUAAAGAAAAGCCACAAGAGGUUCGUAAGAGUAAUAUCUUAGCGGCUAGAGCUGUAUCAGAUGCAAUUAGAACGUCAUUGGGACCAAAAGGUAUGGACAAGAUGAUCAAGACCAAAAACGGCGAAAUCAUCAUUUCCAACGAUGGGGCCACGAUCUUGAAACAUAUGGCAGUAUUGCACCCGGCAGCACGUAUGUUGGUUGAUGUGAGUGCGGCACAGGACGUUGAAGCAGGAGAUGGGACCACGUCUGUUGCUAUAUUAACGGGAUCAUUGUUGGGAGCAGCAGAAAAGUUGUUGAAUAAGGGCAUCCACCCUACGUUGAUUUCGGAAUCAUUCCAGAGGGCUGCCACCAGAUCUGCAGAAGUUUUAUUGGAAAUGUCGCACAAGAUUAGCUUGGACGACAAGGAGGCAUUGAUCAGAGCGGCAUCAACGUCGUUGUCGUCGAAGAUUGUUUCACAACACUCGUCGUUGUUGUCACCAUUGGCCGUCAAUUCGGUAUUGAAGGUUAUGAAUGAAGAGCAUACUAAUGUCGACUUGAAUGAUAUCAGAUUAAUCAAGAAGGUGGGUGGUACUAUCGACGAAACUGAGUUGGUCAAUGGGGUGGUAUUGACGCAAAAUGUUGUUAAAACUGCUGGCGGUCCUGUUAGAGUUGAUAAGGCGAAGAUCGCUUUGAUCCAAUUCCAGUUAUCCCCUCCAAAGCCAGACAUGGAAAACAAUGUCGUGGUUAAUGAUUAUAGACAGAUGGAUAAGAUUUUAAAGGAAGAAAGGGCUUACUUGUUAAACAUUUGUAAGAAGAUCAAAAAAUCAAAGUGUAACGUGUUAUUAAUUCAGAAGUCAAUCUUGAGAGAUGCCGUCAAUGAUUUAGCUUUACAUUUCUUAUCCAAGUUAAAUAUCAUGGUCAUCAAGGACAUUGAAAGAGAUGAGAUCGAAUUCUUAUCGAAGGCAACCGGAUGUAAGCCAAUUGCUGACAUUGACAACUUCACUGAAGAUAGAUUAGGUUCAGCUGAUGUAGUUGAAGAAAUCGAAUCUUCUGGCUCAAGAAUUGUCAAGAUUGAUGGUGUCUCUGCAAAGAAUGUCAAACCAACUGUUUCUAUAGUCUGUCGUGGUGCCAAUCAACUUGUCUUGGAUGAAACUGAAAGAUCUAUUCAUGAUGCUCUUUGUGUCGUCAGAUGUUUGGUCAAAGAAAAGGCUUUAAUCGCUGGUGGUGGUGCUCCAGAAAUCGAAGUUUCUAGAGUCUUGAUGAGUGAAGCUAACAAGUUAUCUGGUGUUGAACAAUUCGUAUAUCAAGAAUUUGCCCAAGCAUUGGAAGUUAUUCCAACAACUUUAGCUGAAAACGCUGGGUUGAACUCAAUCAAUGUUGUCACUGAUUUAAGAAACAGACAUGCUAAUGGUGAGAAGAAUGCCGGUAUUUCAGUAAGAAGAUCUGGUGCUUCUAAUACAUAUGACGAACAUGUUUUGCAACCAGUUUUAGUCAGUUCUAGUGCUAUCACUUUAGCAUCUGAAUGUGUCAAGUCAAUCUUGCGUAUUGAUGAUAUUGCAUUCAGUCGUUAG